UGCCCAGAGCCUCGAGCGCACAAGUGACUGCUCUGCCCUCCUGGCGCAAGUGUCUGCUCUGCUCUCCUAGCGCAGCCGCCGCGAUGUCCUGGACAGCUCGGAAUCAGGACCGUCCGGCCACCGUGCUGGGCGCGAUGGAGAUGGGCUGGCGCAUGGACCAGGCAUCCAGCGAGGCCGCCAUUCAGACUUUCCUGGACCGCGGCUACCGCGAGGUGGACACGGCCCACUAUUAUGGCGAAGGCCAGUCUGAGAGUUUCUUGGGCAGCAUGGACCUGGGGCUAAAGGACGGCAGCAAAGGAGUGAAAAUUGCUACCAAGGCCAAUCCUUUGGAUGGGAAGACCCUCGGGGCCAACAGUGUCCGGUCCCAGUUGGAGACCUCCCUGAAGCGGCUGCAGUGCCCCAGAAUAGAUCUCUUCUACCUGCAUAUGCCAGACCAUAACACCCCAGUAGAGGAGACGCUGCAGGCCUGCAAUGAGCUGCACAAGGAGGGUAAGUUUGUAGAGCUGGGCCUCUCCAACUACUCCUCCUGGGAAGUAGCUGAAAUCUGCACCCUCUGCAAGAACAAUGGCUGGGUCCUCCCCACGGUAUACCAGGGCAUGUACAAUGCCAUCACCAGGCAAGUGGAGACGGAGCUGUUCCCCUGCCUGCGUUGCUUUGGACUGCGGUUCUAUGCCUUCAAUCCUUUGGCUGGUGGUCUCCUGACUGGCAAAUACAACUAUGAAGAUGAGGAUGAAAAUCAGCCAAUAGGUCGAUUCUUUGGGAGGAAUUUAUCUGAGAUCUACCGGAAUCGCUACUGGAAGAAACAUCACUUUAAAGCCAUUGAUCUUGUGAAGAAAGCCCUGGUGGCAUGUUAUGGGGCCAACCCUCCCAGUAUGACCUCAGCAGCCCUCAGGUGGAUGUACCAUCACUCCCAGCUCCAGGGUGCCUGUGGAGAUGCCAUUAUCCUGGGCAUGACCAGCCUGGAACAGCUGCAGCAGAACCUGGCAGCAGCAGAGGAGGGCCCUCUGGAGCCUGGGGUGGUGAAGGCCUUUGACGAAGCCUGGAACCUCGUCACCCACAAAUGUCCCAACUAUUUCCGCUAGCUCCAGCCAUGGUGGUGGAGAGAGGCCCCCUCACUGAUGCUGGCUAUCCCCAUGCUCUCGGCCCCAUCAGCCAGCCUUUGCCUUAACCUGCUGUAGCCUGAGCUCUGUCUUCCAAAUUGUCCCUGUUCUCUGAAUCCAUGGUUUUCUAGCCUCCUUCCUGGAUGUGAGACCUCUGGCUGCCUGCCCUGUUGCUCCUACUGUUGAGAAGGGUGAGGGCCAAGACCAGCUCUGUCCUGUCCUGUUGGAAUAAAAGCAAGUUUUGCACAA